AAAAUUUGUGAUACAUAUAAAUAUAUACAUAUAAAUUCAAAUUUCAACCAUUUUACGCAAUGAUCCAAAUUCUCAAGAGGCUGCGAGGCAAAGGCAUUUCCCUUGUUCGGGGAUUUCAGACUCGACCGAAUAUCUGCCAGAAGUCCGGCGAAUUCGUCCAUCCGGAACUGCGACGCACCAUUCCCCUUGUUUACUUCAGCCAGACAGAACUGCCCUACAAACUGGACUUCACACUAGCUACUUCGAAGGGCUGUCAAAUAUCCCCUUUUGAGAAAAAACGCAGGAGCAAUGAGUAUUUUAAAGAGUUUUGCAAAAAGCAGCGCAAUUGCUUUUCCUCAACCUAUUAUUGGUCCGAGUUUCGGCGGAAGAUGAUCUACGGAAGUUAUUAGAAAGGAUAUGUCACAAAAAUUUGCAAUUUUCGGAUGCACCCUCUGAACACAAUGAAACAUUAACGCUUUGAGGAUUGAAAAGUAGUAUAUUUUGAUAUGGUGUACAAAAAAAACAAUCAUAAUGUAGUAGUUUUCAACCCGCAAAGCCUUACUGAAUGCAUCGCUAAAGUCCACCACCACCAAAUAAAAUGUAUUUUUUGAGAAUAAAGAUUAUUUCUGUAGCUCAAUAUA